AUGCCGAGCGUGGACGUAGCCGUGGACACGGUCCUGUUCGAUAUGGACGGGACCCUCAUUGAUUCUACGCCUGCUGUGAAUUCGGUGUGGGCCGCAUUUGCGAAGCAGUACAACCUGGACCUGGAGGACGUGCUUCACAACGCCCACGGCCAUCGCACCGUGGAAAACAUUGCGCGCUACAUCCCCAGCCUGAGCCCCGAGGAGCUCAACAAGGAAGUCAUCCGCUUCGAGAGCAGCAUCCUCGACAUUGCCGAGGAGAAGCUCAAGCACAAGCAGGAGACGGGCGAUGUCGAAGGCACGAUCGUCGCGAUGCCCGGCGCCCAGCAGCUCCUGAGCGAAGUACGUGCCCUGGGCUCACAACAGAUCAACACGGGCCGCGAUGCCAACCCCCAGCACCGUGCCGGUUGGGCAAUCGUGACGAGUGCUACGAGUGCCUAUGCGCAGCGUGCCUUUGCUAUGUCGGGCGUGUCUGACGCGCCGGAAGUGUUUGUCACCUCGGACGCGGUGAGCAAAGGCAAGCCUGACCCCGAGCCCUACCGCCGCGGUGCGGAGCUGAGCAAGGUGUUGGACAUGGCGAAGUGCAUUGUCGUCGAGGACGCCCCCCCCGGCGUUCUGAGCGGCAAGCGUGCUGGCGCGCGUGUCCUCGGUCUCAAGACCACGCACGACGGCCAGCGCAUGUGGGACAAUGGCGCGGAUUGGGUCGUCGACGAUCUCAGCAAGGUGCACGCACGCUGGGACGGCGAUCAGCUUGUGCUGACCAUUGACUCUGAGUCCAAGCCGUAG